GUUUGAUUGUCAAAAUAUCAUUGGUUGUAAACAUAACCGCACUUUUUUGUGCGUAUUUCUGUUCGUGAUAAUAUUAUUAUUAUGGGUGCGACGGAGGAGAUUUCGAAGAAUGCCGGUCCCCACGGACUCGGUGAUCCGAACGAUACGUCGCUGAGGAAGGUCGAGAUAGAGGUUAUGAUCCCAAAGAAGAUGAGGGACAUCGCCAAGGUGGAGAAGUGCACGAAGGAGGUGGAGGAGUUCACCAAGUGCUGCAGAGACAGCAACAUAUUGAUGGCGUUCACGUGCCGCGACCAGAACAGCGCCCUGAAGAGUUGCCUCGGGAAGUGGUAUAACAAUGAGGAGUUCAAGGAGCGUUGCAAGAAGGAGUACCUGGCGGAGAGGAGCGAAUACCGGAGGACUGGGGUGACGCUGAAGCAGAAGCAGAAACUGCAGACGUCCGGAUUCUGAGAGAGGUCUUAUUUAUUAUGAGUAAUAAGUGUAGAUACGUUUAUUAAUUAUGCCAAAAUAUAGUAGAAUAUAUAAUAAAUGAA